AUGUCCGACGCCGGGUCUGAAGAUGUAGAUGCCAAAAAGAACAAACUCGGGGAGUAUGUAGGAGACAGGAACGAAGCAGGAGAGAGACAUGGACACGGCAGAGCUGUUCUUCCUAAUGGAGACGUCUAUGAGGGAGAGUAUGAGAACGGGAAGAGGAACGGACAGGGGACGUAUCGCUUCAAGAACGGGGCCAGAUAUGUGGGAACCUACUUCCAGAACAUGAAACAUGGACAGGGAAUCUUCUACUACCCAGAUGGGUCCAAAUAUGAAGGAGCCUGGGUUAAAGACGUGAGACGAGGACGUGGGGUCUACAUUUACCCCAACGGAGACACCUACGAUGGAGAAUGGCUCCAACAUCUGAGACACGGUCAGGGAACGUACAACUUCAAAGAAACUGGCUCCAAGUACCAGGGGUCCUGGGUCAACGGGAACAUGGAGUCUGCUGGAGAGUACAUCCACUGUAACCACAGAUAUGAAGGGACCUUCGCCAACAACAAGCCGAGCGGUUCGGGGAAGUACGUGUUUCCUGACAUCAAGUGUGAGCAGCAUGGUGACUACCAUGUGGAAGACCAGGAUGAGACCCAGGUUCUUAGAUGGGUUCCCAGGAAGAUCACAGAACUAACACCGCCCGCCAUAAAGACUGCAGAACCAGAACCACAGGAAGGAGAGGAGACGGAGGAGUCGGGUUCAGAGGAGGGCCAGGAGGGCCAGGAGGGCCAGGAGGAACCAGUUGACCUUUAG